AUGGAGGUUGUUGAACGAAUGAAAGGAAAGCGUAUUAUUAAACCUAUCGUGUAUGGUAAUACUGCAACGCCGUUCGGAUACAAGCGCGAGUCAGAUCAACACACUCACCAAUGGACGGUGUUUCUCAAGAUGUUUUACGAUGAAGAUCCUACAGAUUUUAUUCGAAAAGUGCAAUUCAAGCUUCAUGACAGCUACGCGGUGAAUACAAGAGUCUGCGAGAAACCUCCUUAUGAGGUAACUGAAACUGGCUGGGGAGAAUUUGAGGUUCAAAUGCGCAUCUACUUCGUUGACGUUAACGAAAAGCCGGUAACGGUCUUCCACUACCUCCGUCUAUUUCAACCAAUUGUGAACCUCCCAAAUGGCACCACUCAAGUGAUCGCUGAACACUAUGAUGAGAUUGUAAGUGCAAACACUUUUUUUGUGGAUGGACAUUUGUCAUGUUUUUUAUAUUCGACAAACCACCUGUUCCAGUGGACCGAGGGCGUUCAAAUUUGGUAG